AUGAUCACGCGCGGUAAUCGCCAUCCGACGGCCAGAGUUGCCACUGGCACUCGCAGCAAGACGAAACACCUUCCGCGAGAUUAUUCUCUGGUCUCAUCGUGGCCAUGGUACACUGGGGACCAGACGAAUGAAUUUCAUUUGAAGGAGAAUGUCGUCGUCAAAGAGCUGAUCAUCACAUUCAAAGAGGCGGUCCUGCCCGACAACGAGCGCAAAUACGCUCAAAGAAGUCGGGAAGGGGAGAAGAAAAUGAAAUUCUUGUGGGGAAAAAAUGAAAACAGAACCAGCAACGGCACUGACAUCAUCAGCCUUCGUUUUCGGAUUCGGUUCGUACCUGGCAGUUCCCCUGAGGCGUGUCUAAUUAUGACGAGCAGCGAGCUGCGUCCCGAAUCCCAGCUGCUUUUCAAGUUCCUUCGUCUAAUGCGAUUUGCGUUUCAAAAGUGGGGUCCAAUAUCCGAAACAAGGAUUGAUGACAUUCCAAGCCUGUUGCCUGAAAGAUCCAUUAUCCAAGGACCAUUGAGCAGUGCGUCAAAACAGUACCUCUAUUGUUUCAUCUGUGCUGUUCUGGAAGCGCUCAGAAUUGCCCAUUCGAAUGUGGUUGGUUGGUUGGUGAACUUCUUACCUUUCUUGGCAACGCUGUCGCAUCGUAUUGGAGCUCUGUGUAAGCGUCGUCGGGGCAGUUGUGAAGCUUCGUCGUCGUCGUCGAGGUCGAGAAUGGCUAACGAACUGGGCAAAGUUUCGUCGCGUGGCGCCGGCGACGAUGCCGCCAUUGCAGAUCCUAUCACGGAAAGUCGUCUUUUGAGUGAUGUACCCCACGUGCACCACGCACUUGACCCCGAGAUUUUCGUCGGCACCAGACUGAGUUGUACCUUUGACGGCAAUGCGACGAAAUGCGGAAACUUAAUUUUGUUCCUCUCAUGCGAGUCAUGUUCGUCUGGUGGACGUAUCCUACGAAGCAGAACUGCAACGUACCUGUGUUGCAAU